CGUGUGCUCUGUACACGCCCAAACAAACCGCCCCUCAACCUCAAAGCCUCAACUUCCUUCUUCUCCUUCACUCGUUACGUUAAGCAGAAGAAAACAGAAGAACAAGAACAGCAAAUUAAUAUUGCAUCGAAAGCAAACACGGAAAUUCACCUUCAGCCAUGGACUUCUGGCGUAAAGCCCAGGCCUUCGCGGAGGAUGCCGCAAAGCGUUCUCAGGAACUAACCAAGGAAGCUGCCAAGCGAUCCCAAGAGUUCACAAUUGGUUCUUCUAAGCUCUCCGACAUCGUUUCCGAAACUGCUAAGCGCUCCAAGGAGAUCGCCGCUGAGGCCUCCAAACGCUCCCAGGAGAUUACAAUCGGUUCCUCCAAGCUAUCCGACAUCGUAUCCGAGACGGCUAAGCGUUCCAAGGAGAUCGCUGCCGAGGCCUCCAAGCGAGCCGACCAGAUCAAGACCGAAGCCAUCAAGAGAGCUGACCAGAUCAAGUCUCUAGCCGAGGGUAUCACGCCACCCGGUGCGCUCGCUCGCACGGUGCCUGCUUUGGAUUCACAGCUGGAGGAGAAGGAGAAGGAGAAGGAGCUCGAGAGGUUCGGUGUUACGGAGGAGUUAAGAGAGUUCGUGAAGGAAAUUACUAUGAGCACAUUUCAAGAUUUUCCAUUGGAAGAUGACUCGGAGAUGUCUGAAGUGCCUAUGGUGUCAAAUGUGAGGCAGGAUCUUACGCAGUGGCAAGAAAAGCACGCCUGCCUCGUUCUAUCAACAGUCAAGGAAAUAUCAAGGUUGAGAUAUGAGUUGUGCCCACGAACUAUGAAAGAAAGAAAAUUCUGGAGGAUAUAUUUUAUUAUAGUGAACAAUCAUGUUGCACCCUAUGAAAAGCGGUAUAUGGAGGAGGCAAUGCAAAAAUCUGCAGAGCAAGUAAAAGAUAAUGUAGUGGAGGAAAAAGCCAUGGCAACUUCCAAACCAGAGGUGAAGAAAUCAAACCACGAAAGUAAAACUUUGACCUCAUCAUCUGCUGAACAAGAUUUGGAUAUAUUUCUUCUGGGAGGAGACAGUGAUGAGGGUCCAGAUGAUGGUGAAGGGGACUUCGAUGAUUUUGACAAGAUGGUGGAUAGUUCGGUUACGUCACGCUGGUUUAUAUUAUUUCUGCCCUAUAUAGGCGAGGGACAAGGCAGGCUCCCUGCUGUGAUACGAUAAACUUGAAGACUUUAUGGUGUAUUAGUGAUAUGAUAAAUUAUGCAUUUAUCAUAUUUGGUUUAUCAGUGAUGUGAUGAACUUGGAAGCUUUUUAAGUGUUUUCUCUGUAUGCUUGGUUGGUCUCCUUGCAUUGUGAGUAGUGGAUCUCUACAUCCACUUAAUAUUGUUACAAUCGUAGGGGUGGCGAUUGGAACUGCUGAAUAUGCAAUAUGAUUUUAAGAGACAUGAAGAAUCGGUUCAUUAGCGUCUGUGCUUUAUGUAAUGAAUUGAAUUCUCAGCCUCAUAUUGUGCUUGCACUAUUUUGGAUGUUUC